AAAAAGAGAAAGCCUGUCUUCGUUCUCUUCAAUUAUCUUUAUCUUCCCAUUGCCCUAUUUCUCUCUCCAAUCUCAAUCUGCUCACACGAAAAUAUCCCAAAAAAGAUAUACUUAUACAUACAACAUAUACGUAUAUUUAUGCCCAAAGUUUGGAUUUUUUAUGGAUCUACAGAUCUAAUCCGUUCAAACCCACAUGGGUUUUUCAGAUCUCCAUCUUUUUCAUUUGAUAUGAUUCAGUAACAUACACUUGCAACUGAAUUUUGGGACCGAAAAGGGUUAUAAUUUCCGGAGAUAUAGGGCUUUAUAGUGUUCUUCACAUCCAAUUUUGGAUGUUGAGAAAUUAGCGGUAAGUUGUGGUGAGAAUUGAGAUGAGGGAUGUUAUCAAAGUUGAUAAACUUUUUAAAGGCCUGUUGGCGACCAUCGGUCUGUUAUACGGGUUCGGAUGCAACCGGCCGACAAGAGGGGCUGCUUUGGUAUAAAGACAUCGGUCAACACUUGACCGGCGAGUUCUCAAUGGCGGUGGUUCAGGCCAAUAUGUUGCUAGAGGAUCAAAGCCAGAUCGAAUCGGGCUCGUUGAGCUUCCAAGAUUCCGGCCCGUACGGAACGUUUAUUGGAGUUUAUGAUGGUCAUGGUGGGCCCGAAACUUCCCGUUAUGUCAACGAUAACCUUUUUCAGAAUCUCAAAAGGUUGACGUCAGAACAACAGUCGAUGUCGGUGGAUGUUAUACAAAGAGCGUUUAGAGCGACAGAAGAAGGGUUUUUAUCGAUUGUUGCUAGACAAUGGACGGUGAAACCACAGUUGGCUGCGGUUGGAUCUUGCUGUCUGGUUGGUGUGAUUUCUAACGGAAUACUUUACAUUGCGAAUGCUGGCGAUUCACGUGCGGUUUUGGGGCGGACCGUCAAGGCUACGGGGGAGGUUAUUGCAAUCCAACUGUCGACCGAACACAAUGCAAGCAUAGAGUCCGUGAGACAAGAACUUCAUAAGUUGCAUCCCGAUGAUCCUCAUAUCGUAGUUUUGAAACAUAAUGUGUGGCGUGUGAAGGGCCUCAUUCAGAUAUCUAGAUCUAUAGGUGAUGUAUAUCUAAAAAAAGCAGAGUUCAAUAGGGAACCAUUAUAUGCUAAAUUUCGGCUUCGUGACCCUAUAAGAAGGCCGAUAUUGAGCGCGGACCCAUCAGUCUCGAUGCAUGAAAUCCUGCCAGAAGAUCGGUUUGUUAUAUUUGCGUCUGACGGUCUUUGGGAGCACCUUAGCAAUCAGGAAGCUGUUGAUAUAGUGCAAAAUCACCCUAAUAAUGGAAGUGCUAGAAGGCUAGUGAAAGCAGCAUUACAAGAAGCCGCAAAGAAACGAGAAAUGAGGUAUUCGGAUUUAAAGAAAAUCGAAAGGGGAGUAAGGCGUCAUUUCCAUGAUGACAUCACAGUCGUAGUCGUAUUUCUGGACUCAAAUCUAACGAGUAAAGCGAGCUCAUGGAAGGGCCCCACUUUGUCUCUAAGAGGUGCCAGUCUCAACCUCCCAGCUAAAACAUUGGCACCACUAUCAUCAACCACCACCGCCUGAGUUGUCAGCCGGUUUUUAUCAGUCUCUAAUUUUAAUUCUUUGAUGUACAAGGUAACAUUUUAACGCGAACCCUUCUGUUAUUUGGUUUCUUGGGAGAUAAAAAGAACAACGAUGGUAGAAUCUUGUAAAUGCUGUAAACCAUGUUAGAAAAUCAUAAUUGUUUUUCACUUCUUUGACAAGAGUUUGUGAAAGAUGUGAAAUUUGGUUUUAAGGAGCUUGAGCAUAGUUGUUAAUAGCGACCAUAGCGGUCGCUAUAGCGCGCUUUAUGGCGAUGCGACUAUGUGUCGCUAUGUUGGUUAUGGCGAUGAAUAGCGAGCUUAGCGACAGCUGUUUUUUUUAUGUAGUAAUUCCUGGCCUUCUUAAGGCGUUCUGGUGGAAUUCCUGGGUCAUGAAAAAAGUGUGCUUCUGGAGAGUGAUCCUUAACCGGCUCCCGUUUGCGGAGGUACUUGCAUCUCGAAACAUUUUGUGGGGGUUACAUAGAGAGUGUGGAUGUGUGGUCCGUUCUUGCUCAAUGGUGGAGAUCUCCAGCCUUUUUUGCCUUUCACGUUUCCGACGUGCUGCAUCUUCAUGAAAUGUUGGGUGGUUCCAAAGGGCAGAGGAAGGCCGUGUAGGCGACCAUAUAUACGGCCUUGUGGAGUGUUUGGCGAGCCCGAAAUGAGGUCGUUUUUCAUGCUAAGCAGCCACCCGUUUCGAAGGUGGUAGAAGAAACAAAGGCUUAAAGCUUUCUUUGGAUUAAAAAUAUAUCGCGAAGAACGGGUUUAUUAUGGGAAGAUUGGUACCGUUUUAGUAUCAAUUGUAUUGUAUAAAGGGGUUCCUUCUCGUUGUUGUUUCCUAUUUGUGUUCGGGAUGUAAGUGCUAGCUUCUUGCUAGUUGGCGUAUAAAUAUAUUUACUUGUAUUA